AUGGAAAUAUAUGCAAAAUCUUAUGAUCUCAAGGUUUGGAGAGUUAUCAAAAAGGGGAAUUACCCACUACCGGUUGUUGCUCAACCACCCGUUGAUCCUGAAGAUAUAGAUGAAUAUACCGAUGAACAAAUGGCGGUUGUACAAGUUAAUGCUAAAGUAAGGAAUCUGCUUUAUAAUGCUAUAAGUGUUGAGGAAUACGAGAAAAUCGCCAAUUGUGAUACAGCCAAAGAGAUGUGGGAUAAACUUGAAGUCACUUAUGAAGGAACCAGUAAAGUGAAAGAAACCCAUAUUAACAUGUUGGUCCAUGACUACGAACUUUUCCAGAUGAAAGAAAGAGAAUCUAUUAAAGAAAUAUUUGCCAGAUUUAGCAAAAUCAUCAGUGAUCUAAAAGCUUUUGGCAAACCCUACUCAAGUGGUGAUCAAGUUAGGAAAAUUCUGAGAAGUCUGCCCACUACUUGGCAGACAAAGGUAGUUACUCUUGAGUCACAGGAUUUGAAUAAAUUAUCAUAUGAUGAACUUCGAGGAGAACUUAUAGCUUUUGAGAAAACUCAUCUCAAGAAAACAAAUCAAGAAGAGAAGAAGAAAACAGUUGCUUUCAAGGCUACACCUGAAAGAACAGACAAUGAUAUUGAUGAUGACCCUGAAGCUCUUCAAGAAGAAAUUUUCAUGGUAUCAAGGAACAUGGAUAAUUUAAUGAGGAGAUACAUGAAUACAAAAAGAGGCAGAAUACCACCCAGGCGAACUAGGCAAUACAAUGAACAAGACAAAAAUGAUGGCAAAUGUUAUGAAUGUGGAAGAUUUGGGCAUGUUCAAGCUGAAUGUCCCAAGCUUAAAAGAAAGGUCUCCAGAGGGUUUAACAAGAACAAAUCAUUUGGAAGCUGGAGUGAUGAAGAUAGUUCUGAACAUGAAGAGAUAGCAAAUCUAUGCUUCAUGACAAUUUUGGAAAACGACAUGAACAAGCUUUCAGGGUGCUGGAUAGAUGAGGACAUCUCAGAUAAUGAUUGA